AGAGGCAAGAGACAACGGACAUGCAACAGGCGCAAGUCAAGUGAAUGGCCAAUGACCACCAAAUUGGCAGUAAAGCAUACAAAAAUAACUUCAAAUGGUCAAAAGGUUAACAAAAUCAAGCAGAGAACAAGAGGAGACAGCCAGCCAGGAUGCAAGGAGAAGCGGCUGCAGCGGCUGCUGCUGCUGCAGCUGCACGCUCAACAUGUUGCCAGCAUUCCGUCAGAGGCAGCAGCAACUGUUGCACGUUGCCGGUUGCCAGUUGGCGGUGUGCUUGUUGCAACAGCAACAUAAUCCCCCAGUCAGUGCGCAACGAAAAAAUGAUUAAUGAGUUGCCUCAUUACCUGGCGAAAAUCAAUGUCUUGCGCAUAUUCUGUGGGCCAAGAACCCGAGACGAAGAGCCCGAACCUGUCACAGCCACUUGGCCAUGUUGCUGUUGCUGUUGCUGCUGCUGCUGUUGCUGCCGUCGUUGGUUGUCGCAUAAUAAAUCGAUCAUAAUUCUCAGUCGAGACUCAAAUAUCGCAUGUGUCGACGCUGAUUUCGAUGCCGCCGUUGAUUCUGAUUCCGAUCUGGGACCAGCGACAAUCAGCUCCUGUCGCACACGACGGCACAUGCAACAUCAGCGGCAGCAGCAGCAGCAGCAACAUUCGCGCGCCUGAGCUGGCAACCCAUCUGGCUGGUGGUGCUGACUGAUUUUAUUUAUUAAACUGUUGACAUUCUGUGUCGCCGCUGGCGCCCUUGAU